UUAAAAAACGAGACGUUGUUGGGAUGGUGAUUGAGAUCGUUUCAAAAUGGCGUGCAAUCUGAAACCCUGGUUGAAUCCACACCAUGCAAUUGUAGAAUUUUCUGAUUCUGCUCAAGCCCCUUGCAAAGAUUUUUACCAUGUUUUCGUGACAGAAAACGAGAUUAUAUUUCGUUGGUGGAAAAUUGUCCCUCCAACCCGAGCAGACUCACAUACACCUCCUCAGGAACGUAGACACACAUAUGAAGAAUUUUUAGAGGAUGACGCAGUACAUAGCGAGAUACAACGACUAGCUGGUGACAAUGUUCUUCAGUAUUUGAAAAGAAUUGCAGAGGGCCGAAUAGAUUUCUUGAUGCGAAUGCCCGAUGAUGUAUUGAAGAAGAUUCUCCUGUGUCUUGACCUUGAAGAUAUGAUGAGACUUGGUGCAACAUGUAGACAGUUCAGACAUUUGUGUAAUGAAGACGAUGUGUGGGAGAAGAUUUUCCGUCGUACAGUAGAAACACCAGUAACAAGUGAACUAGAGACAUUGGCAGAGAAAGAAGGCUGGAAACGUCUUUUCUACACCAAUAAACUGCAGUUACAGGUACAGCUGAGGCGACAAAUGCGGCUUCAGCAGCAACAGCAAAAGUAAACAACCAUGAUGCAGUUGAGACGUCAGAAGAGGGAAGAGCAUCCACCGCAGCAACAGAUGGAGCAGAUGAAAAUUUAGUCACGCCCCCGUAAACCUCUCUCUGUGUGAUGACUUGAUUUCAUACUUUAUAUUGUAGAUAAACAAACAGGACAAGUAGAUUUAGCUUUAAAUUAUAGACUAUAAUAAAUUUAUCCAUGUGCCUUAUUAUUGAAUUUGUUAAUUAUUAUUAUUAUUAAGAACUGUUUUGACUGCUUUAUGAUGGUUUUGUGUUAUAUUCAUAUUAAUUUAAUUUUAAUGGAUCAUCAUUCCAAAUGUGGUUACAAUUUAUACUUUAAAGAUUACACGAAUUAAAUUUCAAAAUUGUACAUAUCAUCACCUUAGUGCAGUAAUGGGUUAACUCGUAUUAAAUCAUAUUUAUGGAGUUAACCCGUUACUGCACAAAGGUGAUGAUGUAUUGACAGAAUUUUGUUUGUUUUUGAACCAAUAUUUUGGAAAAGUUAGCAUUUAGUACAUCCUUGACAGGUUAUACAUGUAUUUAGAUAUUGGGAUUAAAUGAUACCAUAAUGUUGAAUGAUAUUGGUUUUAAUAUUUUAGCCCAGCAUGAAACAUUAGCUGGAUUUUGUGUCUGUUAGAUAUUUUGUUUCAUUGAUUCUGAGUAUCGGGGAUAUAGUAAUUACAUUUCAAAUAUAUGACACAAAUCUUUCUUUUACUAUUUUUGGGUAUUAUAUUACAGCAGCUAAUUAAAAAAAAAUGGGUCAAUUAUGAAAUUAUUUUUCAUACAUAGUGUAAAAAAAAAGAGCGAUUAAUUUUUUUUUGCUGUGACAAUUUUAAAUGUGUGUGCAUAUGUGUUAUAUUCAUGUAUAUCAGUAUGAUUUUUCAUAAACAUUUCAUUAUUCACAAAGUUACUAGUUGUAUCACAACUUAUUUGAGCCGCGUCAUGACAAAACCAACAUAAUGGGUUUGCGACCAGCAUGGAUCCAGACCAGCCUGAGCAUCCGCUUACAGACCCUAUAACAAGUAAAGAAACUGAUAGCGAACAGCAUGGAUCCUGAUCAGACUGCGCGGAUGCGCAGGCUGGUCUGGAUCAAUGCUGGUCGCAAAUGCAUAACGUUGGUUUUGUCAUGACACGGCUUAUUUCAUGUUUUGAACUUUGUACAUAUGUCAGAUGACUGGUGUAUAUUUGUAUCGUAACUACUUCUACUUUGCUACCUUUUAAUUUAGUUUGUAUCAAUUAUGCAAAGUCUGUAUGUAUUUUAAAGCCAGCCAUAUAAAAGGAUAUUAUGCUCAAAUAUGUUCUUUACUAACACUAAAUAUCAAGGGUACAGAGUUUUAUAUAUAUUAUAUUUUUGUAAGAUUGUAGAAAAAAAGCAAUUUAGAUGUAU